AGCAGUUGAAGGUAGAAACCAAAAGGAAGCUCCGCAUGCGGUCCCAUAUUUCACUCUCAUAUUCCCGAAGCCGAUCCUCCUCCUCCAGAUUCUCGUUGACUCUCUCUCUCUCUCUCUCUCUCUCUCUCUCUAUCUUUGUGUGAAACCUAAACUCUGUGCUUCACGGUAAUACCAGCCCAGCCCUAGAGGCACCGCGCUGAAGCUGCCCACUGACCACCUCAAUUCAGGCGUCAACCAUGGCGGCACCAACGUGGUCGUGGACUCUCUCCGCUUCUCUAAUUGUAACACUAACUUUAACCCUAGUUUCCGUAGCCUAUGGUAACUCCGAAGGAGACGCUCUUUACACCCUCAGGAAGAGCUUGUCGGAUCCGGAUAAUGUUCUCCAGAGCUGGGAUCCGAACCUUGUCAACCCCUGUACUUGGUUUCACAUCACCUGCAACCAAGAUAAUCGCGUUACUCGAGUGGACUUGGGGAAUUCAAACUUAUCUGGACAUCUAGUACAUGACCUUGGGAAGCUUGAACACCUGCAAUAUCUGGAACUCUAUAAAAACAAUAUUCAAGGAAGCAUCCCUAAUGAGCUUGGUAACUUGAGGAGCCUUGUCAGCUUGGAUUUGUACAACAACAAUAUCUCAGGGACCAUUCCUCCUUCUCUGGGGAAAUUGAAGUCCCUUGUCUUUUUACGUCUUAAUAACAACCGGCUAACUGGACCAAUCCCAAGGGAACUUGUAGGUAUUUUGAGCCUCAAAGUUCUGGAUGUCUCAAACAAUGAUCUUUGUGGAACAAUUCCCACCAGUGGGCCAUUUGAGCAUAUACCUUUGAACAGCUUUGAGAAUAAUCCUCGACUAGAAGGUCCAGAGUUGCUAGGACUUGCGAGUUAUGAUACCAAUUGCUCAUGAAAAGAUCAAGAGAAUUGCUAUGAACAGAUCAUGAAGCUGAAAACUGCUCAAUUGACUUCAAUCAAUUGAAAGCGAAUUACCUGACCAUAAUGGAAUGGGCUGAAUGUAAUCACUGAUACAAGUGUUUUGUAAAUUGUUUUGACGAAAAGGCUUUAGGAUUUGUUGUGCUUUAAGAUGAAGACACGAAUUUGUAUUCAUAUAAUGUUAAAGAAGGGCUUACAUCCCGUGGGUAUACUUGCUUGGGUUAGAUAUGUUCAAUACAAGUCAUUCUUAAUUGAUUUUUAGAUUUUUUUUUUCCAUUUUAAGUUACUCUGUUGCUACUGGAAGUAAGAUGUCUUGGUUGACAAUAAUAUAUCGUUGUUUGGUGGUUCUCA